AUGUCGUCGAACUCGUCCACGAUGUACAGAGCUCCGCCCCUUCCCUCAGGAACUCGUCAUACAAACAUCAUUUUAGCCGACAGUUCGACGUCGGAUAACGUCUUCAGGCAGCAGCACAGCGAAGCUGUUUUUAUUCGUCUCAACGGGUUCAGCAUCAUUUAUUGGCUGGCGUGCUGUGUAUCGGCCAUCGUUCAAAUUCUCUUCACACUAUUCCCAUUGGAUUUUCGAAUACUCUACCUCAUCACUCAUAUCUCACUUAUUGCGUCUCGUUCAGAAGUGUGCUGGGACAAGUUCGACAUGAACUACCGGAAUCAGUGUCUCAACGGAGCUUGUCUACAGGACUUCGACGAACACUACAAGGAUCAGUGUAAUGGCGGCCGAUGGCGUCAGCAGUACUACUUUGACAAGAAUCGAUGUAUACCGUUUUGGUACGAUGGUUGUACAGGAGAAAGUGAAAACCUCUUUCAAGACGAGAUGUCAUGCCUGGUCACCUGUGAGAAUCCGACGAAAAAAGACCCUCACAAACCAUGGCACGGUGGCGACAAAUUCAAGAUGAAAGAGAAGCUGAGCGAAAUACACAAGCCAAAUCUGACCGACAUCUGUGCAGUUGCGAAUCCAUGUAAAAACAACAGUACAUGUAUAUUUGUUUGGAAGAAAAAUACCCAUUAUUGCAAAUGCCAAGGCGGGUUCACAGGAGUGAAUUGCGACGAGAAAAUCGACUUCGACCCCUGUGCUGAAGGUCCGUGUAAAAACGGUGCCACCUGCACAGCAAAGGUAGAAAAUGGCAAGGCCAAAUAUGAAUGUUACUGUGCUCCAGGCUACGGUGGACCGCAAUGUGAUCAACGACCCUGUGAUGUGAACCCCUGCCUACACAAUGGCACUUGCCGAACGACCGCCGGUUACAGCUCGUACUUCUGCGAUUGCAGGGACGGCUACGGAGGCAAAAACUGCGAUAUUGUGAUCGGCUCGGCUCCUCCAGAAGAACAUUAUGGUGCCAAUGUGCUGCUGGUUUCCAGUGGAAAAGCGGAAUGGAUCCAGCAGAUGAAAGAACGUCUCGGUGCAGCUGGCGGUGCUCUGAAAACGACAACACUUGCACCUGUAGCCGACGCGCCGUAUAAAAGUCCAGCCGCGAAGAAACUCGAGCGUGAGGAGAGAGAAAAACAAGAAACAGAGCGCAGAGACAAGGAGAAGAUGGAACAAGAAGAAAAGAAAAAGCAAGAGGAGCUGCUAAUCGAACAGGAACGGCUUGAAUCGGAGAAGCGCUUUAACGCAACUCCUCCAAACAGCUUCUCUACCGUUUUGGGUCUUUUUGUUCCUCUUAGUCUCUCGCUAGCCAUUCAUCUGAUUUUAUGGGAUAGUCAACUGCUUUAG